AUGCAGAACCUCAUUACAACUAAUCCUACCAAAAUGAACAUCAUUAUACCAAUUAUUCCUGCAACCGUGCGUAAUAUCAUGGACUUCACGCUACUAGUGGUAGGCAUUAGCCUAAAUGCUUUUCUCGGUCUCUUUAUCGUAUUAAAUUCUACCAUGCACACAUCCACUAACUGUUACAUAGUAGGUCUGGUAUUAUCAAACUUUGUAAUCUUGCUUGAACCACUUGAACAAGUACUUAACUGGAUUUUCGAUAUACGCUUAGAGAUGAAUCUCGACUACGUAUUUUUUAUGAGCUUCGUCACGUCCAACCUGACGAUAAUUCUACUAAAUAUUGAGACGUACGUUGUCAUUUGUCAAAAAAAUUCGCCUCUUCUCAAGCCGCUUUUAAAAAUUUCAACAGCUAUAAAAGGAAUCUUAUUCAUAUGGGCAAUAUGUACAAUGGCAACAGCCAUAGAAUUACACUUGUACGAUCAUUUUGUAAAAGAAAUUAUGUACGAUAUUUACGUUUCAUCCACUAUUAUGUUUCUAAUAUUCCCGUGUUUUAUUUUUAUUUUGCUCAACUACUUCAUCCUACAUGACCUGAUACUAUUAAAAUCACAAACUGAAACGUUAAGCAAAGAUAUGAAGCGUUUUAUCUCUCUAGUUGGUAUUUAUACUGGGUUUUUUGUAACUAUGGUGCCAUAUAGAAUUGCGAGAGCUAUUACUCUUAUAACACAAUCUCACUCUAACAAUAUGGCAAUAGAGAUAACUUAUACAAUGGUUAAAAUGUAUCCAACAAUCCUACCAAUAAUAUGUUUCAUAAUAUGGAAAGAGUCUCGUCCAAUCUCUCAAGACGAGACUACAUUAUCAACGGCAUAA